GUGAGGCCCGGGCCACUAAGUGAAAAUCCGACCGUGUUGCCUAAAAAGCAAAGAAAUCCUGCUCCCGCGAUGACGAGUGUGCGGUGAAUCCUGUGGUGCGUGCGUGUGUGAAGAUCUGAGCGCGGAAAAUAUGAAUUAAGUGCUGUAAAAUCCACGGGGGAAAAAGGCUGUCGUGACCUUCGAGUGCAAAAUCGAGUGAGAGAAGAGUGCCCACGGCGGGUGCCGUAAUUGUUGGCCAAGCGAGCCCGCAAACAGUGAUCCCGCGAUCCCAGGCGGAUAAUCGGAAGCGAGCUAUUUUCCAGGGCCAUCUGUGCGAUCGUUCGAGUCGGUGUCCACAUCUGUGCGGGCAGUGUCGUCAGGCGGCGGAGACGCCAUUUUAGAAUUGAUUUAUAAAAAAGGUGAAGUUUUGAGUGCUGGCCAAUCGUGUGUUUACACAACCGCUGUGUGUGUGAGUGAUAGCCGGCGCAAGCGAGGCGCGUGUGUGUGUGAUUUGUUUUGUUUCGUAAGGCCGCGCGCCUGAUUCUCGUUUUGUUGUUUGCCACGAAGAAAAGUGUGCGCAGAAGAAGUUCCCUCCAAAUUCGAGGCUCGUGCCGCAGCAGCUGCGGCAACACGCGAAAGCGCCGUUAUCGACACGGCCGCAGCAUACGCCAGCCAGGAAUAAUCAACAGCGUGGAUCCUGACCGGAAGCCCUCUGACGUGGAGGGCUGUUCGGUGGUUUUUUGCUACGCACCUUUUAACCCGUUAUUGCCCAGAUUAGAGCGUUGUCAUCGCGGCUGACAGUUGUGUGCGUUUCGGAUGGAAGCAUCAAAACAGGCGCCACCACCUUCGGCAACAGCGUGUUGUGCGUAAAUUAAAUCAGCUACAGCAACUGCGCCGCAAUCAACGCUAGAAGAAGAAGAUCACAUGGAUUUUCACACCCAGUUCGUUCGCCUGAUGCUUUCAACUAAUUAUGCCUUAAUGUGCCACUAUCCCUGAGCUCUCAAAAACACCUCACCUACGUGAUCGAUUCACCCCGAGCAGCACACAUUGCCUCUACUAUCGAUGCAAAAUGACCACCUUGAAGAGUAGCUCGGCGGACGCUAAUCCGGCCGACAAAAACAAAUCCCCGCUCUCGUCUUCGUCGUCAUCCUCGUCGUCGUCUGAUUCGGACGAUGGGUCCGAUUCGUCUAGCGAUUCGGAUUCUUCUUCGGCGUCUACGAGUAAGGCUAGCAGUAAGAAAAGCAACAGCGUUCUUCCUGCCGAUAAGCCCCAACAGUUUAGCGUAAUGAGUUCCGACAGUGCCGGACUUCGAAUGAAAAUAGCCAUUCCUCGAAGCCAAUCAAGCAACACCCCUACACCUUCCCCAACGAUCAGUGGGUCACCCGGACCGCUACUAAAUCAACAGCGAAUAUCAUCGCCAGGAAGUGGUGAAAAAAUGCAAAAAAGUGCCGGCGGUGAAGAUGGUAGCGCCAGCGUAAACAUCACAAACAAAAGUGGUGGCCCACAGGGAGAUAGUACAUCCGGUGGUAAGAGUGCCAUGAAGGAAUCGAUCACCGCUAGCGCGGCUCGGGCUGGCCAUGCUGAAAAGCCACAUCAUCAUCAUCAUCAUCAUUCAUCGUCUUCGUCUGGUAGACCGGUUGAAGGACGGAAGCUGGGACCGAGCGACACUCGAAGACCAAAUCAUCUGGCGAAGGAGGUUCCCAAACUGACGGGUCGUGUUCCGACGGCCGGGCAAAGGAAGAAGAGUGUUAGUGAAAGUGAUUCGAGUUCGCCUAGUUCCUCCUAUUCCUCCUGCACCAGCAACAGUGAUAGCGAGUCUAGCAGUAGCGAUGGUGAGCAUAAAUCACAACAUUCUGGCAACAAAAAGGCGAUCCGGAAGAGUGCGACGAGUACGGCUCGACCAGGCAAGAGCGUCGCUUCGACAGCAAAGAAACACAAGAUGCUGAAACGAAAGAAGGCAAGCCAAAAUCUUUCAUCGAGCAGUAGCGACGAGGAGGACGAUAAGCCGGCAAUAAGUGGUGGAAGUAGCCGGGGUGCCAGAAGCAGUCGUACCAACGAUACUAGCGACACAGAAUCAAGUUCAUCCGAGGUCGCGGUGAAAGGAUUUGCUCAGCAAUCGAAAGGAGCUAAGCAGGCGAGCAAAGGUGGCGAGUACGCAGCGAAGGAUAGCCUUCUUACGUUGGCAGGGCCACCAGGCAGUGACUUGCUCAGUAUGCUCAGUAGGCCACCUCUAUCGACAUCAACACCCGCCAAAUCCACGUUCAAUUCAUCGGGAACGACAACCACAUUGCUGACAGCAGCCGGGACAUCGACCAGUGCAGACGAUGUGCUGACGGCCGAUGCGGAAGGUGGCUUUUGCUCUAGUGAUAACGAUUUGCCCGCGCUAGUCAGUGCCGCUAUUCGGCGAGUAGAAAGUGGUUCCGACGCGGAAAGCAUCCGGGGGCUUUCGGCUCCAACGCAGCAGUACACGUCGAGCUUGUUGCGGGAUUUCGUUGUCAAAACACAGAUGCUCGGUUCUGGUGCAAGUGGAGCUGGUACAAGCUCGGCGGGGAUUCUCGGAGGUAAUGGAUCAACCGGUACUACAAUGUCUGUCGGUGUACCUCCGAUCAUUGGGGGUGGUGGCGGCCGAUCACCUUCUUCGUCGUCAUCUUCCUCGUCGUCUUCGGGAUCCUCCUCUUCCUCGUCAUCGUCUUCGAUGGAGGAGAGUGCUGAUCCGGUGAUAGGAAGUGCCGGCCCAGGACCCGGUGGAGGUGCCGCUGUGGAGCUGGAUAUUCGCAAAAUCAAGACUGAAUCUCCAGUUCCUUUAGCUGGAGCUGGUGGUCGUAAUACGCCUCUCUUGAAUGGUGUUCCAUCGGUUGACCGGAGUACAGGACUUUCCUCGUCCGCCGUAGCACCGAUCGCUGCACCGCCGGUCGUACGACGUCGUGGUCGUCCACCAAAAUCGAGUCUAGCGGCUACAGCCAGUGCGGCAGCAGCAGCGGCUGCUGCAUCAAAGGCAGCCCUUCCGGCCAUACCAACAGUUAGCGAAUCACCCGAUUCUGGCAUCCUUUCCACGCGCAGCUCCAGCGGUUCACCGCGAACGGAAAAACCGAAAUUGGCCGCAGGACAUUCCUUGGCAAUGUCUAGCAGUUCUUCGCGCCGGAGCAAGUCCGAGGUACGCGAUAUUAGUGCCGGAGGCAACUCAUCGUCAUAUGCGACCGGUACGAUGCAUAUACUGUCCUCGGGAAGUGGCCGCAGUGCUGCUACUACAGGCUAUUCGCUCUCUUCCUGUCUCGAUCGUAAUACGUACGCAACGGAACGGGUUCUCUAUCCACCCCGUGCGGUCAAGAAACGUGGUGUUGGACGACCACCGAAAAAGGAUUCCUUGGCAUAUCAGCAGCAGCAACAACUGUUGCAGCAACAAGCGGGGCACUCGGAAGGUCAUCUUGAUCCCCACUGGCAGAAGAUUGAUAUAAGCAAAAAGUUCCACGAACCCCGGCUUAGUGGCUACAAGAGUGAUGGUGGUCACUCGACGAUUUGUUGCAGCAAGCGGCUUGCCUCCCAGAGUGGCUACAUCAGCGACUACGCGGGUGUGGCCAGCGGUGGUGCCGGCAGGAGCCGUCUAUCGGGUUACAAGUCUGAUUACAGCUCGCGCUCGCGGCGUAGCACGCGUGGUGCUGGUGGCUACCGGAGUGAUUAUGGACGUGCGAAAAGUUGCGGCUACAGAAGCGACUGUAGCACCCGGCAUCGUAAGCAAGUUCGACGAAAAAGGCGAAAGAAGAUGCCGACCGAUCAGCAGCACCAACAGCAGCAACAGCAGCACCUUAACAACAAUGUAAAUGAUCGAAAGAAUAACAAUGCGGCGAUGGGUGGCAGUGGUAGCAAGACAUCGAGUGUGUGUGACCUGGAUAUAAUGUUACUGGCCGGUCUAACGCUUGGUAGUACGAGUGAUGAGGAUAGCUCCACCACCACCAGCAGCACCAGCAGUGAGAGCAGCAACAAUAGCCGUGAUUCCCUUUGCUCGGCGUUUUCUAACGCUGAGCAGGGGAAGGGAGUGGCGAAGCAGGGGACAAAGAAAUCAAACUGCGAAACGGUGCCCAUUAAAGCACGCACGACUGGUGUCACUCCAGUACCACCUCCUAAGCAAACGCAGAAAACUCCACGAAAGCCAGCACCAUCGUCACAACCAGUGCCACCGAAGCCUGCUGCAAGAGGACGUGGCCGGAAACCGACAAUCGUGCCCAGUGACGAGGAUGUAGAAGGUAGCGAAUCAAAACGGCGAUCACAGGCCGAUCGAAGGUAUACUCCAACGAUCACCACCGAUCGACAACUGGCGUUGAAGCUGCAGCAGCAGCAGCAGCAACAGCAACAGCAACAGCAACAGCAGCAGAAGCUUCCGGGAUCGUCAAUCGCCGCGACUGCUUCAGCGGCUUUGAAACAAAAGUCGUCCACUCCCGUUCCGGUGAAGAAACCUGGCACACGAGGACGGCCACCGUCGGCGAAAAAGCUGCUUCAGCAGAAGCAGCUACAGGAGCAACUGCUGGAAGCGACCAAGGGUACAUCAGCUUCAUCUUCAUCAACCACAUCUGCCACCAGCAUGAUGGCCGGUUCCGGGGGCGGACGGAGUGGACUGGAGGCAUUACUUACACCGAGCAACAGCCAAACGACAACAAGGCAAAGCGUACCAGUCAACAACUUCAACGAAGUGUUUAGCUCGAUGCAGAACAGUAAGGCAGGGGUCGCCGGAGGCAUCUAUAGCUUCUCUAGCUCCACCGUCGGACCGAAGAAUGCCUUUGCUGCCUAUCUGUUACGCGGUGGCGGUGGUAAUAAUGCCACGGAAUCCGGUAACGGAAAGCUUCCCAAGAAGUUGCCUCUCUCGAGGGCGAAUGUCAUCAAGAACUCUGAGGAAUGCAAUCGAAGGUUUCAGAAGUCGAGCUCCUCGUUUGCCUUAUCCGUCGGAGGUGCGGCAGGAGGUGGUAGCGCGAGUGGAGCUGGGAUCGGAAGUCUUGUUGGCUCGAUCGAUCUGCUAGCACGGAUAGCGGAUGGUACGAUUCCGAAGGCGUCGCCGGCCAAAUCGGUUUGCUCGAAGCGCAGCCGACGAAAGAGCUGCAUGAGCGAUCGUUUAGAGUCACUAUCUGUUAAGAGCUAUGGUGUGAUUGGCAGCUGUGGUAAAAUACGGCAGCGACGAUUGAGUACGAUGAGCCGUUGCAGUAGCCGAUCGGCCGGUUCCAAGCAUGCCACUGCUCGGCGUCGAAGGAAAAAGCGUUUACGAUCGGCCUCCGUCGCUCCGGGAACACUGGCAUCCACUGGUGCUUUAGCUUCAAGCGCUGGUACGGGUGCUACAGGUGGUCAGUUGCUGGGUGCUGAGGCUAAGAUCAACGUCGAGAUCGAACGAUUGAGUGAAUGUUUUAGUGGCUUGUGUCGCAUCAUUGGAACCGACAGUGCUUCGAUUGGACAAGCUACGGAAGACGUGCAUGCGGUGGUUGUAGGCGCUACCACUGGUGGAACAGCGACAGUUGCUGCACCUUCUUCAUCCUCCUCUUCCGGGAAGACGCAUCAAACGAAAAGAUCCGUGAAGAAGAGGAAAGGUUCCGAGCAUGUAGAGUCUCCCUCGACAGCAGGUGAUCGUGGUUCAGCUGGUGCUGGUGGAUCGAGUGGAGUUGGAGGAACGGGAGGUACCGGUAAGCGGCGUAACAAAAAGGCUGGCCUUCCAACACAAAGUCCUGACGAUCAUAAGCUGCCGCUGAAGAAGCGACACUAUCUCCUGACACCAGGCGAAAAGGGUAACAACAGUGACAAUAACAGCGGAGUAGACGAAGCGAAGGGACAUACCAGUGGUGGCGGAGGAACACCCAGUGGCCAGGAAUCACUUGUUGCAGGAGGAUCAGCGCUAGUUUCCGGGGGAAGUCACACGGUCAUCAAUCCCUGUGCAUUCGGUAAUGGUCGCAUAUCGGCGAACUCGGCGGCAGCGGCAGCUGCUGCAGCUGCGGUUGCAGCGGGAUCUUCCCUUUCAGGCACCGCCACUAAGGCCGUGACACCGAAGAAGCGCCAUCUGCUCAAGUCUCCCGAACCAGGACCGAUUCCCGUGGACGAGCUCAACCUGCAGCAGAUCAAAUCGAGUGACUCACCGCUCACGAUCGUUAAUGGAGCGAUCGGAUUGCUGGCUGGUGAACCGGCAAACCAUUCACCGACGGGAGCGGCUAGUGCAACCGGAGCAACAAUACCUACUAGCACCGCUGGCGGCAAGAAGAAGCAUCAUCAUCGGCAACACGAUUCAUCAUCGAAGGAACGCCACCCGCAUUCAUCGCUGGCCGGAUCGGGACCAUCCGCCGUUAGCACCUCAGGAACGAAUCAAGCAUCGUUCGAUCACCGAUCGACGCCUCCAUCACGCCCUUCGGUGAUCCAAUCGUCCUCCAUGUCCAAUACUGCCAGUGCUGGUCCACCACCGGGCGUGUUCGAGCCUACGGUUGACCUAGAGUUGGUCAUUCCAUCCGCUUCCAUUCCCUCGUUGAUCGCCAAGGUGGAGAUGUUGGAUUCACCGCGUCUCGCGCGGGAUGGCAGUAGUACGUCCGGUGUUCCCACUCCUGCUUCCGGAACUGGCAUUGCAACGAAGUUUGAAUCCGAUGAGCUGGCCGUAACAACAGCUGCAACAGGGACGAUAGUUGGUCAACGGAAAACACUCAACCAAGGUGCGCCCGUGUUGGCGGCCGAUGAGGCUGGGAGCAUUUUCUCCAGCAGCAACCUUGCCUCGCCCUCAGUCUCAGAGAAGGUGCUCGAGAAACUGCUCACCAAGACCGGUGCCCAUCAUUUGCUGCUGAAGAAGAAGCGCAAGAAACCGAACCGAACCGGAUUUCCUACAGUGAAGAAGAAGAAAAAGAAGGCAGGUGAUUGUUGUGGAGCGGCACUGGGGCUCGGAAUGGAACUGAAGCCCGAGGUCGGUCCGGAGCUGUUCGAUUCGUCGAAUCUAACACGUCACGUACCCACGGAAGCGGAGCGGUCACGGUUGAAGGAGAAAUCCGAGCGGCAGCAAUCCGCCAGUUGUGAUCGUGUACCGAAGGAUGGUGAACCAACGAACAGCUUCAUCGAGCGGCAUACCGGUGCCGGUCGACCAAGGCUUUCGGUGGUCAGUUUGGAGAAGCUGCAGGGCAAGCUCCCACUUGGCGGUCACCGGGAUGUGGCUACCACACCUCCGGCUACGGGUGGACGAGGUAGAAAGUCACACGUUAUCAAUCCGUUAGCGACAACGACAGCGGAUCAUCUGCAGUUAGCUCAACAUCAUCAUCGAUCGCUGGAUAGAAUGAGAAAGGAUGGAUCACCGAUGAGCAGUGGUCCUGGACGCAAGAGUAAAUCGAAGUUGAGCGAAUUAAGCGAGGCUGCGAAAGGCAAAUCAUCGCGAUCGUCGGCGAUCGUUGGUCGCGCUUCACCCUUGAAAGCGGAUAGUCCGUUUGCUCGAUCGAUAGAACGCUAUGGCAAGGAUGGUAGAAGCCGUAGCAAGAGUGUCUGUGCAUCGGCCGUGGUGGCGGCGUCAGUAUCGCAGGAUCU